AUGGCCGCCCAGUCCACUCUUCGCCAUAGCGAAGACCCCCUCUCCGCCCUCUGGCAUCGCUACACGAACCUCUUCCGCACCCGUACGAAGUCUCUGUCCAAGACAGCCAAGCUCCUCUCGACGCUCGCGCUCCUGCUCUCGAUAAUCAGCGCCGGUUAUGGCGGCAACAGGUGGUGGCGGCGACGCAAGGCGGAGAAAGAGCGCGGCCGACGGCUGCUGCGACGCAACUCUGGCAUUCGCGGCAAGGACGGCUCACGCACCAUCUUCGUGCCCACCAAGGGCAACUCAACCAGCAAGGUGACCAUCUAUCCGACGAAGCCGACGACAUUCGAUGCGCACAGGCGGUUGUUCCUGCAGCCGCCCCGCGCCGCCGGCCUGAGCGAUGGCCACACGCCUCAGGUCCCACCGCCACAGACGAAGCCCGGCUUGAACCUUGCCUUCCUGCACCAGUUCUUGAGCCUGCUCAAUAUUAUGAUACCGAGAUGGAAUAGCAAGGAAACGGGUCUGUUGCUUAGCCACAGCGUCUUCUUGAUGCUGCGGACAUAUCUUUCGCUGGUCGUCGCCCGGUUGGACGGAGAGAUUGUGCGCGACCUUGUGGCCGGGAACGGGAAAGCCUUCCUGUGGGGCAUUGUCAAGUGGUGUGGAAUUGGUAGCUUUGCGUCGUACACCAACUCCAUGAUCAAAUUCCUGCAAUCCAAGGUCUCCAUCGCCUUCCGCACAAGGCUAACAAGGUACAUCCACGACUUAUACCUGAACGACCAUCUAAACUACUACAAACUCACCAACCUCGAUGGCGGCAUCGGCCAAGGUGCCGAUCAGUUCAUCACCCAAGAUCUCACGCAAUUCUGCGCCGAGGCCGCGGCGCUCUAUUCUUCUCUGGGGAAACCAUUUGUCGAUAUUUGUGUUUUCAAUUACCAGCUUUUCCGUUCUCUUGGCCCUCUGGCAUUAAGCGGUCUUCUUGCAAAUUACUUCCUUACUGCUACUGUUCUCCGCAAGCUCUCGCCGCCGUUUGGUAAGCUUAAAGCUGUUGAAGCGCGCCGCGAAGGAGACUUCCGUGCCCUGCACUCCCGCCUCAUCGCCAACGCUGAAGAAGUCGCUUUCUAUGGCGGCGACCAGAUGGAGAGGACCUUCCUCGACAGAGGCUUCAAGGAGCUCAAGCAUUGGAUGGAGGGCAUUUACAGUUUGAAGAUCCGGUAUAACAUGCUCGAGGACUUCGUCUUGAAGUACUCGUGGUCUGCGUUCGGCUACCUCAUCACUUCCCUUCCCGUAUUCCUUCCCGCUUGGGGUGGCCUGGGAGCUGCCGCUGAGCGCGCAGAUACCUCCGAGCGCAGCAGCCGGGAGCGCAGCCGUAUGAAGGAUUUCAUCACCAACAAGCGUCUCAUGCUCUCGUUGGCCGACGCCGGCGGUCGCAUGAUGUACAGCAUCAAGGAUCUCCAAGAGCUUGCGGGCUACACUUCUCGUGUCUACACCCUCAUCAGUACCCUCCACCGCACUCACGCCGAUGCGUACUAUCUCCCGCCUGGCCAGCGGCCUGAGCUGUUCUCCCUCGCCGACGCCCAGGGUACAGUGCACAAGGGCUUCGAUGGCGUGCGCCUUGAGCAUGUACCUGUCGUCGCGCCAGCGCUAUACCCGAUGGGUGGUGACGAGUUGAUCGACUCGCUUUCGUUCAUCGUGCACUCGGGCGAGCACCUGCUCAUCACAGGGCCUAACGGCGUCGGCAAGAGCGCUGUCUCGCGCAUCGUGGCAGGGCUGUGGCCUGCGUACCGCGGACUGGUGUCGCGACCGCGCUCGGCGGGCACCGACGGCAUCAUGUUCCUGCCGCAGCGCCCGUACCUCAGCACGGGAACGCUGCGCGACCAGGUCAUCUACCCUCAUACAGCCGUCGAUAUGAACCAGGCCGGCCGCCGCGACUUCGAGCUGUCCAAGGUGCUGGAGGAGGCAAGGCUAGGGUACUUACCGGACCGCGAGGGCGGAUGGGACACCCGCAAGGUGUGGCAGGAUGUACUUAGCGGUGGCGAGAAGCAGCGGAUGGGCAUUGCAAGACUGUUGUAUCAUGAGCCGAGGUAUGCUUUUGUCGACGAGGGCACAAGCGCCGUGAGCAGCGAUGUGGAGGGCUUGCUGUACGAGAAUGCGAAGGCAAGAGGGAUCACACUUAUCACCAUCUCCACCCGCGCCUCCCUCAAGCGCUACCAUACCUACACGCUCACGCUCGGCCUUGGCGAGCAUGGCGAUGAGUGGGACUUCCAGCGCAUUGGUACCGCGUCGGAGAAGUCUUCGGUUGAGAAGGAGUUGGCGGAACUGCGCGAGCGGUUGGAGAAGGUUGAGGAGUGGAAGCAGCGCAGGAGUGAGAUCGAGAAGGAAUUGGGACAGGUUUGGGUCGAGGGCGGAGAGGAACCGUUAGCGCCCCCGCCGUAUUCGAAAGAUUUUGAGGGAAGUGGGAUUGUCGUUGAAGGCGGCGAAGAGAGGGUGGAUGAUAAUGAGGUUGCGGUGGAGGAUGAUUAG